CAGACACAGUUAGAGAGAAAACAUAAAACAAGACGGAUUUUUUUUUCUUUCUUGCAAUGGGCAACUCUGUAAAGUCGCUUAAAAUUUUCACCAAGAAGGACCAGAAGAAGAACUACAAAGCAGUGCAGUCCUGUGAGGAGGGGGGCUCUGGGGGGGCCUAUCUUGAGCCGCUAGUGGCCCUGGCCCAGAACGGAGCCAACAUGCACAACGUACUGGGGCCUGCAUGCAUCUUUCUACGCAAGGGCUUCGCUGAGAGCCGGCAGGCUGACAGAGAGUUGAGGCCAGAAGAAAUGGAUGAGUUGCGUGAGGCCUUCAAGGAGUUCGACAAAGACAAAGACGGGUUUAUCGGCUGUAAAGACCUGGGAAACUGCAUGAGGACUAUGGGCUACAUGCCAACAGAGAUGGAGCUAAUAGAGCUGAGUCAGCAGAUCAACAUGAACUUGGGAGGACAUGUUGAUUUUGAGGACUUUGUAGAACUGAUGGGGCCCAAACUUCUGGCUGAAACUGCAGACAUGAUUGGGGUGAAAGAGCUGAGGGAUGCAUUCAAGGAGUUUGACACAAAUGGCGAUGGCCAGAUCAGUACAGCAGAACUUCGAGAAGCAAUGAAAAAACUUUUAGGACAACAGGUUGGACACAGAGAUCUGGAGGACAUCCUACGAGAUAUAGAUCUCAAUGGAGAUGGACAUGUAGACUUCGAAGAAUUUGUGCGUAUGAUGUCUCGAUGAGUUUGUCACGGAGAGCCGAGAUGUUAAAACACAACAUGGAUUCUCUGUUGUUAUGGGAGGAAUAUGAGAGAGACCGGCACAAGAAUACUGAUGGAUCUUGAACUUCUGAACUGACAGCGAACAAGAGAACAAAAACAUAUCAACCCUGCCCUGAAACUGCCACGCUGAAGCACAAAGGCUGACCACUACAGCCAGGAGCAACACUGUUGAUUAUAUGCUGCUGCUGUUUCUUAGAGCACAAAAAAACCAACAGCUGCAUUUCAGACUUUUACAAAGUAUAUUUUAAAAAGCAUAUUUUCCUUUAGUAAUGACAUUUCUAAUGCUGAUGUGGUUGUUGACCCAGAUGUUUGAGCAAUUUUGCUUAAACACUUUACUAUUGUUGUUAAUAAUAGUAGCAAUUAAGAAGACAUAUUUUCAACUACAGCAGUAUGCCAGCAAACACCCCACAAAUGCAACACAUUCCUUUAUAAUGCUGAGAAGCACAAAUACAACAUUGCAAUAUGGAAAUAUUUCGUGUGAUCCUGUCAAAGCUGUGUGUUUGUGUUUUGUGCAUACUGUUGUUCUUCUCCACCCUAAACUGUACUUAUUAUCUCCCUUAAGACAAUUGUCCAACCCUGGUUAAGGCAAGCCAAUAUUUGUUUUGUAAUUAUGUGUAAUGUAGCACAGAUGCUGUUCUUCUGACAUUAAUAACAUUAUGCCUAUCUUACUGUGAUAUAUAUAUAUGUAUGUAAUUUUCAGUGUGCAUAAGAUGAACAGACUCCUUCAACUGAAACUUUUGUUGAGGCUAGGUACAGUGAGUUGCUAAUCUUGACUACUGUAAUUGGCCUUUUUAAUUACAGUAUGUUUUACUAAUUCUGCAUGAAUACUCAAUACAUUAAACACUUUUUUGAGUUAAUCUACACCUAAGUUACAGUGGUAGGUGAUCAACAGAGUGUUAAAACUAUAGAUGAAAUAUGGAUUUUGUUAAUGCUGUAAUUAUUAUCAAAGAGCUCUGAUAAAUGUUCUUGUCUAUUUGGGGUUUUGUGAGUCUACUGAGUCCUCAAGUGACUUUCACUUUGGUACAACAUUUUCACUUUGAACUUUGAUACCUCAAAAUCAAUCGAACAAUCAACCUCAUCCAUUAACUGCCCCUAGCAUAAUAUCUAUUACCAAUUCUUUUUCCCCUCUUACCUUCAUUAUUAAUAUUUGUAAAGAAGUGGUACUAACUUCUUUAUGAAAAAAGCCAAAGAAAGUUUAUAAGAAUAUUAUUUGAGUCGCAGUGUAGUAGGUGCAGUAUGUUUUUAGAAAUAUGAUUCAUUGGAUAACAUUUUCAAAAUGGCUGCUUGAAUUGCCCUUUGGUUCCUGGGGCAGCUAAAUUAUUGGUUGACUGUUCAUGAAUGGACAUGGGAGUAUAUGCAUGCUCUGAAGUAAAGAUAUUCUUCUAAAGGGAAAUCUUACUUUGUGAUUUUACUUGUCUUAACUGUGUGAAACUAUGCAUGCUAGAAAACAACUGCAAUUUGUAGCAGAACAUAUAAAAAUAAAGGUUUUUA